ACAAUCAAAUAAUUGGUUAUCAUCUCGACUACUUAAUUUCAAACACAGGUAGCUUCACUCCCAUUGUUCACAGUACAAGCAACCUUGGUUUUUUCUGUUCGAGCUCAGAGGUCGGAUCGCCGAAGAACAGGAUCGAUCGAUCAUCAAUGACAACUACCACUAUACACGUUCCCUUGGUGGCAGAAGAGGUAGAUUUGGGGAACCCAUUGCGGAAUACCACUCAUGCCCAACCAGGGGGUUUUGAGCAUCAAUCCGGCAAGAUAGACCAUCUAGAUGCUCGCUGGUUUGUGGUGUCGCCUUACCCCGAGCCGGAGCAUAUGCUGGAUCUACAAAGUAUCGAUACACCAAACCGUCUUCUGGCUUUGGCACUGACAACCCUGGCACCUGCUACAAAGGAAUAUGCCACUACGACGUACCAAGAUGCUAUCAAUUGGAGGGAUGUAAUGACUCGAUUGAAGUCCUUGGUGCGAGAACAAGGAUACACUUGGACUAGCCAAGAGUUCUACGUCGUUGACUUCCGGUCAAAGCUCAUGGAAGAUAUCGAUUCGGAACUCCUGUUCAAGCUCGACAAAUUCUCUCACGUCGAGGCUACUCAAAGCGGUGGAUUGUUGAAAUAUUGGUAUGGCACUCCGGACGGCAACAGAAGGAACCUGGCAACAUGUGUCUGGCGGAACAAGAACGACGCAAUCAAAGGAGGCACUGGACCAUGGCAUCAGCAAGCUCGCGCUAUCAUCCCUAGAAUGUAUGAGCAUAUUGAUGUCCGAGGUGUUCGCUUGAUCAUCGAGGACGAUGUAGCAAGUUGGACUUUUGCACCGUAUUGAGGUUUGCUUGGGAAGAUGACACCCUCGGGCAUUGAAGGAAACGACCAAAUUGUAUACCGUCCUGGGAAUUACUCGGCGAAAGCGAUCUUUUUUUCUUUGGAAGAAGGUAUUGGACUUGGGAUAGACCGGCGUGUAAUAAUUUUCUGUAUGAAGCACCAAAAAUGUCAAAGUCAC